AUGGCAUCUCCUCCGUACUCGUAUUCGCCAACCGCCCUCUCUCCUCCAUAUCCAUCCUCAGCACAGCUCCCGAACAAGAAAAGAGCAUCUGAGGGCGGCUCCCAGCAAUCCGUCAAGCGCCGCAAGGCCUCGACCCUCUCAGUCACCUCGGCAGCUUCGGCGCACCCUCUUCGCCAGACUUCCUUCCCUCCCGAAGCUGGAUCGCCGUUCCCACGAUCACCAUCGGCCGAUGCAAUGAGCGUUCUAAGUGGUAGCCAAGUCAGCGCCCCUCCUAAGAAGAAGCGCGGCAGGAAGCCGAAGAACCAGACGAACUUGGAGGCGAGAGAGCAAACACCAUCACUCGUAGGCGGACGCGCACCGACGACAGUGAGUGGCACAGGCACGGCGGGCGAAGGCCAGGACGAUGGUGCCAACGACGACGAUGACGACAACGACAUGCGCAUGGCGCUGGUGGAUGCUACGGCAAGGACACAAGAGCAGAAGCAAGAGGAGAUAAGGCUCCGUGCCAUGCUUGUCGAGUCCUUCGACCCCGAACAAUAUGAUCGAUACGAACUCUGGCGCGCAGCUAAGCUGACGGAGUCUGUGGUGAAGAGAGUUGUAAACGCAACAGUGUCGCAGUCUGUCCCGCCGAACGUCGCCCUUGCCGUCAAGUCAGUGUCAAAGCUUUUCAUCGGAGAACUUAUAGAGAGAGCACGAGAUGUUCAAGGAGAAUGGAUCAAGGCUACCGGCGAGAAACAGUCAGAGCUACCGACACCGCCGCCUUCCACCAAGGACGAGAAUGGCGAGAUAAGCCAGGCUGUCAAAGAAGAUAGGAGAGGUCCUCUACGGCCUGACCAUCUCCGAGAGGCAUGGAGGCGGUACAAGAUGUCUGGCGACGGCGGCUGGGUUGGUAUCCAGGGCUUGUGGCACGAGCAACAGUGCAGCGGCGUUGAGAGAUUCCCCGUUCGCACUGGCGGACGACGGAUCUUCAAGUAA